AGGCUCUGCAUUGACGUCACAAUGACACGGUGAAGCCGAAGACAGGAGCUGGGAACAGUUCUUCUGCUUCACUUCUGAUAAUCGAGUGAAUUUGUCGCCACUCCGUUCCUUCCAGCAUGGCUAAGAGCGCAGAAGUGAAGCUGGCGAUCUUUGGUCGAGCUGGCGUGGGCAAGUCAGCUCUCGUUGUACGCUUCCUGACCAAACGGUUCAUCUGGGAAUAUGACCCAACGCUAGAGUCUACAUAUCGUCACCAGGCUACCAUUGAUGAUGAAGUGGUUUCCAUGGAGAUACUAGAUACAGCUGGUCAGGAGGAUGCUAUUCAGAAAGAAGGACAUGUGCGAUGGGGUGAAGGCUUCGUGCUGGUUUACGACAUCACGGACAGAGGCAGCUUUGAGGAAAUGCUGCCACUUAAGAACUUGUUGGAUGAAGUUAAAAAACCCAAAAAUGUCACCCUGAUCCUGGUGGGGAACAAAGCAGACUUGGAUCACUCCAGGCAGGUCAGCACAGAGGAAGGUGAAAAGCUGGCCACAGAACUAGCAUGUGCUUUUUAUGAGUGCUCUGCUUGUACAGGAGAGGGCAACAUUAUGGAGGCCUUCUAUGAGCUCUGUCGUGAGGUACGGCGUCGAAAGAUGGUCCAGGGCAAGACUCGGAGACGAAGCUCCACCACCCACGUCAAGCAGGCAAUUAAUAAGAUGCUUACCAAAAUCAGCAGCUAAAAAGAGCUGUACUAAGCCAGAGAAGCAUUUUAGAGUAUAUUAGCUUGGAGUAGGGACGAGGCAGGCAGAGCACAUUUAAUUAAAAAUGGUGAAAGCUUUGCAAUUAAAAAAAUAGAAAAGACAAACCACACCACUUUUUGAGUAACACGGGGUCAGACUUUUUUCCUGUUUCGAGAUGUAUUUAGCCACAUUCCUUCUGGCUAACAUGGAAAAAAAAAAAAAGGAAAAAAAGAGCAAACUCCAAAGGACUAGAUGAUUGUGGGGAUUGGCACUGAUAGAGCGUCUUCUGCUUCUACAAGGCUGGCUCCAAUCCUCUGCAAGUCAGUAGUGCCUAAACAUCAUUUCCAGCCAGCCAGCUGCUCAGUAGCCAUUGGAGAGUAAGAUUCAGUCCUCAAUCCAUCAACAACCAUCACAACCAGUGUUCUCAAGGACUGAAUACAUGUAGAGGCUGCUGUGUUUUACCAGAAAGUUCAUCUGACACCUUUCACCAGCUCUAAAUUGGCGCAUUGUGUGCUUUUACUCCAAACUGUCCUUCCUUGUUGUUAUUUUUGUCAAAUUUAUGAGUGCUGAUGUUCUUAGCAAGGUAUACAAAAAAUAUAAGAAAGGUCUUUUUCAUGGAGCAUUUAGCCAGCAAGACACACAUUUCAACAGAGCUGAAAUUCAGCUGCUUUUCCAGAUCCUCUGAAACUGCAGAAUUCAUCAAGAAAUAAUCAGCUAGUCCAGUGGCAUUUCAGCAUUUCCCCCUCAAAGUGCAGUACUGUACUUGGGGAAAUGGGAGUUUAUGUGUUGGGAAAUUAAACUAA